AUGCCUCAAGGAACUGGCGACACCAGGCGUCCGUCAGGCGACCAAAGCAAGGCUGGGUGGAGUGCGGGCCUCCGCACUGCUCACGAGCUCGGUCGUCGAGUCGCGACCCCCUCCACCACCGCCGCCGCCGCCUCCGCCGCCUCCUCCACCUCCACCUCCUCCGCCACCUCCGCCGCCUCCGCUCUCUCCGCCACCACCACCGCCUCCACCGCCUCCAGUGCUGCCGCCGCCGCCGCCACCCCCGGCACCACCCCCACUCCCUCCACUGCCUCCACCACCACCUCCACCGCCCCCUCCAGCCCCUCCAGCGCCCUUGCCCCCCUUGCUCUUGCCGGCCGACAGACGGCAGCGCUUCGGCUGCGGUGCGGCUCGGCGGCUCGGCUGCUGGGCGGCUUGGCGUUCUGGCGGCUCGACUGCAGGGCGACUCGGUGGUCGGCGGCUCGGCUGCUCGGCGGCUCGGCUGCUGGGCGGCUCGGCGGUCGGGCGGCUCGGUUGCUGGGCGGCUCAACGGUCGGGCGCCUCGGCUGCUCGGCGGCUUGGCUGCUCGGCGGUUUGGCUGCUCAGCGGCUGGGCUGCUCGGUGGCUGGGCUGCUCGGUGGCUCAGGCGCUGGGCGGCUGAGCGGCGACGGGGCCGUGGAAGGGCGGGCGGCAACGGGGCCGCUGAAAGGGCGGCGACGCGCCGCUGAAAGGGCCGCGACGGGGCCGUGGAAGGGCGGCGACGAGCCGCUGGAGGGCGGCGACGGAGCCGCAGAAGGGCGGCUACGGGGCCGCUGCAAGGGCGGCGACGGGGCCGCUGAAGGGCGACGACGGGGCUGCUGA